AGAAAGAUAGCCAGGCAGGCAAAAUGUUGGAGAGCAAACUCUGAUGUAGUAGAUGACGUGGUGGAGGGUGCGAGGGAGCAGCAGCAAGGAUGAAGAAGUUUUGUUAGAAACAGGAUUUGGUACAUAAGAGCUUGGCUCAUGUAAUGGUGUUUAUUAAUGGAGGUAAUGGGAAGUGAUUGCCGAAGAGGGUGGAAGUUUACAUUAUCUUACUCUGCCCGGCGGGCGCUGGGGCUGGCUCGGAAGGACAAACUUUAGGGGAUGUGGGAGGGAUUCUCGAGGGGGAGGUGAGAGAGGAGACAGGAGACAGGAAGGGGGAGAAGGCUUAGUAGGGAGAUGCUUGAGAGGGAAGGGGACGACGAGACAAGAGGCGAUCAAUAGAUGCAUCAUCGGGAGGGGAGACGUCUCUCUCCAUCGUAGACGACGGCAACGCUCGUGCGCUGCUGCCGGGUGUGGAAGAGGGCCGGAGAUUUCAGACGACGACGUUCGACGUGAUUGAGUGUAAGUGCGAUUGUGUUCGGAGUUUGGGAGAGGCUCAGCCACCUUCAAGGGGGGCGGAAGGGACAUUGAAAGUAAAAGGAAGGAAAAUGUCGGGAUACAUCAUCUCAUACACUCAGUUGGGAGCGAGAAGGUGGCGCUGGUAGAGCUGAACUUGGUCAAGUUGUUAUUGCAGCCACCGAAGAUUUCAACUGGAGGUGUUUUCGUCAACUACAUUGACUCAGUGGCUGUAGUGUUGGAAGUGGUGGUGGAAGAUUGGAAGAAAGAUGGAGUCGUGAGAGGACGAGAUCAGGGUUAGGCGGCUGUGUAAGUUCCCGAAGGUGAAAGUAGAUAUUUUGUGCGAGGUGAGGUGCCAAGGAAAGAUUAGAGGUGUACGUGGAAAGUGGUGCGAUGCUUUGGCAGCGCCUGGAUAUGGCUGUAGUUUACUGAGCACUUUUGGUUUUUUAGGAAAACUUUUUGUCGAGGACGUUAGAGUGGAUUCAGGAGGUAAUUGAACGUGGCUAGGUUGCGCCCCUGCAUUUUUUGAUGACAGAGCUAAUGCCGAUCUUCUGGUGGCGACUUCAUGCGCCUUCGUGACGCUUUAAAUCAGUCGAAGAGUUUCGACUAAGGAGCUAAAACAUAGAAGUAAUUCGCUAGAAGUUUGUGUUAGUGAUUCAUGAAUGACUAAUGGAUUCGGAUAAUGGAGGACUGAAAUUGUUAAGUAGAAUAUCUACGCAUUGUCACUCCGCUGGAAAGCAAUGUUGAAUAUUCUAUAAGGUUACAUCGGUGUUGAGUAAUCUACAGAACUCUGCUUGACGAACGUGCCACAGCGAUAGAUUGGCUCUUCGAUAAUGUAGAUACAUGGCUAAUACGGAAGUCUUGGGCCGUAAAGCUGGAAGUUAAAAAAUAUGGUGAUCGAGAACAGCGCCAAAGGACAACCAGUUUUCAUUGCUAAUGCUGGAGCCGAAAAGAGCUUUUGUACAAUAGUUUAACUUUUAUGUUGUCUGUACUACUACUAUUGCAGUCGGUACUGCCUUGAAUACAGACUUUCAGAUUGUAAAAGUCCUACACGGUUUAUUAUAUACUCAACUCCCCAUCUGGUUGAAGUACAGUGUUGUGGAGGGGUCGUUGCGGAGGCUGCAACAGUUAUGAAAAGGGAUAAGUUUCAUGCUCCGAUGGGACGAUAUCGACAAUCGAUGGGCUCUGCUGCAUGACCUCAGAAAAUCAACACUGAAAUGCUCCAAUCGUGAUGAAGUCAGUGGAACAUCGUGUCGAGUUUGUUUCUACCAAGCGCCUACCGACUUGUUUCAUAGUGGUCUCGACUCUCAACAAGCUCAGCUUUCAGUAGGGCUUUACAGCCUAUAUUAAUGCUCUUCUGCUUAUCGCCAUUCUUCCGUACCAUUUGAGGUACCGAAGGAUCAUUGCAUUUCGAAAGUCUUCACAUGGAUCCAUCGGAGCCUCUUCGAGCUUACGGGGCUGAUUCCGACAAGAACUUGCAGACUGAUUCCUACAACGGGUCACUGAUGGCUUCCGACUCGUAUAACUUUCUGACCGGGGCAGGUGUCCUUGAUGUCCCUCUCAAAGAACAAAACGAGUCGACACAUGCGCAUAAAUCAUCCAAAGAAGGAGCAGCUCAAAACUCAUCAGGCCCCUCGAUCGAGACUCUAUAUACAAAUCAUGAGCCUUCUCCAUCUUCCGGAAGCUUUCCAGGUCGAUCGUCACCAGCUCCCGAGUGCAAUAGCUGGGAUAAUAUAAAUGGAGGAGGAUUGUAUGGUAAUUCUAAUAUGCAAAACAUUCUCAUUAGUGGAAGUGGGAUGAUGGCGGCUCCCACAAGCACAACAACUGCGCAGCUACUUAUCGGUGGAUUGCAUGGAGGGUCCUUUAAUGAUGGCAGUGAAAGUGAUCAAGGGAGUAUCUAUUACACUUCAUCUAACCACCAUGAUGACUCAAUGGCACAGUUGUACUAUGUAAAUGCAGCGGCAGGAUUCUCAAACCCAGGGUUUCAUUCUGAUGGACGCCAAGCUGGACUAGUUACCACAUCACUGUAUCCUUCACAGCACGGAGGUACUUCUGCCCAACAAUCUUCCACGGACCAAAGCCAACAACAAUUUGGCGUUCCAUUCAUAUCCCAUGCGUCUCUUGCACACGGUUCAGUGAGACAGCGAGCUCUUGAAUCUACAGGAGCAGUCCCAAUUCUAUCUCUUCACGAACACUCAGGAAGCCACGACGGAAAUCAUCACUACAACUGGCGAAAUGGAGGAAACGAGCACCCAUUUCUUCCGAUGAAUGCAGAGUCGAACCAAAACCAUCAAUCCCAGUUUGAUACAGAUUUGCCGCAAUAUGCUAUGUCACGUGCAAGUCACGCAGAUCUAUCACACAUGCAACGAACAGAUCAUCUCCAAUCUGAAAUUAGCUUGCACAUGGACCGUUCACACGGAUCAUCCACCACUGGUCAGGUCUUGUCUCUGUCUUUAUCUUCACAUCAAUCCCAAUUCAAUUCAUCGGGAGGACAACUAUCUGAAUCUGAACACAUGAAUGCUGUUGCAGCACAAGCAGCUGCAAUGGCUAAGACUAAGGAGCUAGCCUCAAGGUAUCUGACAGGAGCUAAUGCUGACCUGAGUCGUUUCCGAACCCCAUCAAGGGAUGAUGUUGUGGGAAUAGGGGCAAGAUUUCUACAAAAGCACAACAGCGGUGGAGGUAGAAAGCAUUUAGAAUCCAGUAACUACAGUGGCCCAUCAGGUACAGCCGGAUCGAGUAACCACAUCUCAGCCUCUAAAUUCGAACGAUCUGCACAAGCCAUUCUCAACGAAGUCUGUAGUGUGACGCCGCUGAAACGACCUCCAAAGCCUAUUAGAUCUCCUGACCAGCAGCAUUGGAGCGUUGCUGGUGGAAGAUCUAUAGGUGCUGACGCAAACCUAACUUAUACUGGGAGAGACGACCGUUCUGCAAUGCUCGCCGGCGAAGUUGAUUCCGUCAGAGAUCCAGCAUUGUUCGUCACCGCAUCAUCACUUGUGACUGUCUCUCAACUUCCUCUUGACUCAGAGACGGUUCAGGAACUUGCAGAUGCAGCCAGGUGUGAAAACCGAGUUGAUCUAGAGCUGAAAAAGCAAAAGCUCAACCUUAUGCUCGAUGAGGUUGAAACCAGGUAUCGCCGGUACUGUGAGCACCUGCAGCUAGUCAUCACCGGAUUCAAUUCCCAAGCAGGACCUAGUACAGCGACUCCUUACACAAUAUUGGCCCUCCAAGCAAUGUCCCGUCACUUCAGAUGUUUGAAGGACGCUAUUGGGAGCCAACUGAAGAUUGUCAAAAGAUCUUUCGGAGAGGACGAAAGAACAGGUCAAGGUGAAACUUCUAGAAUUCGAUACGUUGAUCAGCAGAUACGUCAGCAGCGCACACUCCAGCAACUUGGAAUGCUCCAACAGCAUGCCUGGAGGCCACAGCGAGGCCUUCCCGAACGCGCUGUAUCUGUUUUGAGGGCGUGGCUUUUUGAACACUUCUUACACCCAUAUCCCAAAGACGUGGACAAGAUGUCACUUGCGAAGCAAACUGGACUAACAAGGAGCCAGGUUUCUAAUUGGUUCAUCAACGCACGAGUACGGCUGUGGAAGCCAAUGGUAGAGGAGAUGUACGUAGAGGAACAAAAAGAGUACCCUGGAGAUCAUACUGCAGCCUUAGCUCAGUCCGAAAGAAUGGCCAGAGAUCAAGUAGAUAUUGAAAGCCAUACAUAUGAGCAGUAUAAGGGAGGGAGAGGUCACACAGGCUUGCUACAAGAGAUCAGCGCAGGUGCACAGUCCUCCAGGUUGCCGAAUGGAUUAAAAAGGAACGAAGAUAGGGAACACGACACUGGAGCUAGCGUUUCGGAGGCUGGAGGGAUAUCUUCCGACACUAAUGCAGAACUUUAUUCACAGCUAAUUCCUAGGAGUCAUCAUCUAGAUAUUGGUGCUGCUGGGAACUAUAAUCAGGAGGGUCGAGAAGCCAAGAAGCCGAGAACAUCUGGUUCAGAUGCUUUCAACAUGACUUCAUCAACAACGCUAAUGCACCCCGGAAUGGAUGUUGAAGCUAGUGAGAGCUGCGCACGGACCCAAAAUUUCUCCUCUGGCGGCGAAUUAGACUUGCAACGGAAAAGUGACGUCGAUUUUGGUACUCAAUGUCAAGUUUUGAAUCAGAUCAAUCAAGACGAAAAUGGAUAUACUAUCUCCCAACAAGGAACUACCAUAGUCGAUCAGAUUGAACCUAGCGUUGCUAGUGGGACGUUUGCAGCAUAUAAUAGCAACAUCGGACACAGAUACGGGAAUGAGGAUUAUUCGUCUAGAACAAUUUCUGCUGCCCUUACGACAAGUACUGGUGUGUCUCUCACUCUGGGAUUAUGCCAUUGUGAUACAAAUCAACUUAGAUCCUCAUUGGUAUCUCCUAUUCUCGUAAAGAGUACCUACAACAUGGAUGUGAACGAUCAGAUGAACCAGCUGAACGGAGUGGAACAUUUCGAAAGUAGGACUAAAAGUGUCAGCAACAAUUGUCAGUCGUCCGCAACCAUGAGUAACGGGCACUACAAUCAAAUUAGUGCAGUACAAGAUGAUUCGGAUAAUUCCACCCAACAGCUUUCGCCUCAUCAUGAGUUUGUUACUAGCUGACCUUUAUAUCAGGUCACCAGGCAUUGAGUGAUUACCAAAGUGCUAACCUUCAUCAACCCAUGCUCAGGAAACAUCUGCCUGGAUAUAGUGAUCGAUAUUUUAAGAAUGAGAGGGUUGACUGCCAAUUGUUUGUUCAGUAGGUUAAGCAGAAGUCUUGAGUUUAUCAUGCAGCAGAAUUGUGGUCAUGUUGUGCCAUCUGAAUUUCAGAUUGAAGUGUGCCAAAUGCUUUCAAAUGUAUGGUCUGUCAAUGCGUUAUCUGUGACAGGAAUCUCCUGAACACGGUGUGCUUUUCUAUGUGUUGUGCAAUUGGAUUCAGCUCAUUCAUGUGAUUUUAAUUGUCCUAAGUCAUCAGAAGUUGUAACUAAUUUUUUUUAUUCAGGUUAAACCAGACUGCUCUUGAGCUGCAAGGAAAUUGUCUGUGCAUACAAUGUACAGUUCUAGAUUACGAAAAAAUUGAAUACUUAUAUUUGC